AUUAAAUUAAAUAAUACCGGUACUGCAGUAGUUAGCGUUAGUUAUAAUAUUAAUAGUAUUUCUAGUAUUACAAAAUUUUGUCAUUGGAUUUAGAGUCUUGGACUUUCAAAAUUCAAGUGCUGAGUAGGCCUGUUAUUAAUAAUAAUAUUGCUAAAAAUACUAUUACUACUACCAACUUCAAGCUUAUUUAAAUUACUAUCAUUGGUAUUCCUAAUUCACUAUCAGUAUCUCCAUAUGACUCAUUCAUCAACGUAAAUCAUGUGCUAUCGAUCUGGCAUGCUGUAUGAAAAUAAAAGUUUGUUAACUUGAUAUGAAGUAUGGGGAUGUCUUGCUGAAUUCACAUGGCUUCUAAAUCCAAGUAUGAGACAUGUCUAAAUAGCAAGCACAUCUGAUUUCUGACUCAUUUUAUGCCUUGAAGUGACUUCAACUUAAAGGUCCAAAAAUAUGGGAAGGAAAAAUGCAAGACCCAGACUUACUUUGAGAAAAAACAGUGCCAAAUCUCGCAUUAGUAAAGCCCAGUUACUCAUUAGUCAAGCAAACAGGAUGCAGGUUGACUCUUUAGAUAAUCUUUCAAGGUUUAAAGUUUUUGAAAGAAAUGGAAUGAAAUUAAACAUCACCUUGUCGCGAGUGACAGAUCUCGACCAAGAUGUGAAGGAUUGGGCAUUUAAGCUUACUGAAGAGAACAUGAAGAAGUAUUAUGAAGAAAGUGAAUGGGGUUGGAAUCCUUCAGCAAAGCAGAAUGAAUUGUGGAAUGAUGCAGCUUGGUAUGUGAUUGCUCGAGAUUUAGAUCAUAACCUGAAGGCAUUUGUACAUUUUCGAUUUGAAGUUGAAGAAGAUAAGCCUGUUGUGUAUUGUUAUGAGAUACAAGUAGAGAGUGAUAUGCAACGUAGGGGUGUAGGGAAGUUUCUAAUGGAGAUCAUUCAUUUAAUUGGGCAUGAGUUCAAGUUGAAGAAAACAAUGUUGACUGUGUUUAAACAUAACGAAUCAGCAUUCUUCUUUUAUACGCAGUUGCUAGGGUUUCAAGUUGAUAAGGCAUCACCAAGUAUGUCAGGAGAAGAUCGCUGCUAUGAAAUUCUUAGCAAACGAAUACUUCUAAAAGAUUCUGUGAAAACAAAGUUAGAUCCUAUUAACUCCAAGCUGAAAGAAAACAGUCAAGCUGAGAUUAUAGAAAAAGGUAAAAUUAAAAAGAAAAGAGAGAAGGGAAAGAUGAAACAAAAAAUUGAUGCAGAGAAAAAGGAAGAUCAGAAUGUUACAUGUGAAAAUGGAAUAGUAAAGCUCUGAAGUUUUUAUUUGAACAAUGCAUCAAAGAAGUUUUGUUUUAGAACAUAUUUAAUGUUUACAAGAAUAACACAAUAUUUGGUGUUCUUGAUAUGUUGUAGCUUUAUUGAGAGAAGGAAAUUAAUCAUCUAGUUGAAGUUUAUUUUGAAAACUGUAAUGAUACAUUAUUAAAAAAACAUCUGAAUAAUACAUCUUAUUGUAAUAUUUAAGUUGUCCUGUUUAGUAGAUAUAGAUCUUGCUUUGUCAGCAAAAUUCGUUUGUAAACUGUUUAAAGAAAAUUUCUUAUACCACAAUGGGCUUAAACAUUUUAAUGAAAGUACAUGAUAGGGUGACUAUUCUUUUUAAAUUACUACUUGUUAUGUUUAGCAUUGUUAUUAUAGAGGUUCUAUGAUAUGGAUUGCAUCUUUAAGUGCAUACUUAAGUUUUGAUAGUUUUUUUCAUUUAAGGUUCCAUGUAAUCUGUGAUUGAUUUUUAAUCAAGUGCUUUAUUAACUUCAAAUCAGCAAUUAUGACCAUGAAAGUAUAAAGUUUAUAUUUAGUAACUCUGUAUAGCUUUUAAGAAGCUGUUUGUUGAAAGUAGGAAACAUGAAAAUUGGAUAAACCCAUAGUUGGCUUUCUUAAGGGUGAAUUGAUUAUUUUUGUUCAAGUCAGAAAGUAUGAGGCCUUAAGGGAUCUUUACUUAAGUUUAAGAACUUUUAGAGGCUGUUAAUUAUUCAAGAUUUAUGAAGUAAGAAAAAUUACAUUGUGCAUUUAUUUACCUAAACCAUUAUUUUUGUAAAUAUAUUUAAACCAUACAUGUGUAUUUGACCAUGAAAAUUAAACCAUAACUACUGAAAUUUCUGAAAGAUUACCAACACUUAUAUAAUGUUUUAUUCAAUACAAGUUUCUACUGUUAUUCAUUUCAUCAUGCAAGUUAUUAUUCAGUGAACUAAACAGAUUCAUAAUUUACCUUUUUAGAUGUGUACUUUCAGGGUAUGUACAUACUAGUAAAUAACAUCACAUUUUGAUGUCUUAUAUAUGCAUAGAUUGUAGUUCACAUUAGAAAUCUUUUAAAACAUGUAAAACUUGUACAUUUGUAGCCAUUUACAUUAUUAUUGACAAUAUUACCUAGUUGAUUAGCAAGUUUUAAAAACACAUUCUUUCAUAAUAUUCAGUUUGCUAUUUGUGUUAUGUAUCUUAUAUGAAAGUCAGAUGUUGAAGCAUCUUUAAUUUUGUAUAUUAGUUUAUAAUAAUUAUGCAUGUAAUAAGCUGUAGUUUAGAAUAUGUUCACUAACUUAUUAAUAUUUAUUGAAACUACAUAUUUUUCAGACUAAUAAGAAGGCCAUACACUAUUAAAAGAAAUAUUGUCAUAAAAAGUUUUUAAUGAUUAAAGUUUAGGUCUCCUUUUUGUUUUUGGCACUUUGAUUUA